AUGGCGGAGGCAUUCGGCAUAGCUGGCAGCGCGUUCGGCACUGUCUCCUUGGGCUUGCAGCUCUUCAAAGAGAUCGCGCAAUAUCUCGAUGACAUCCACGGCCGCGAAGAAGAUCUAAAGGAGGCACGCAACUACGCGACUAACGUUCAACUCUCGCUCAAUGCGCUUGAUAUUGCGUUAUCUAAGGCGCCUACUGGCGAUCCUGCAACCAAAGAUGCAAUCGACUCCUGCAAAACCUCAUGUGUCUCCGCAGUAAACAAUUUGCUGGCAGUUGUAAAAGAACUCAGAGGCCCAACAGUUACUUUGCCGAACAGCAACGCUGCCAGGGCCAAAGAGCUUUGCGCCAAAUUGAGGUACCCUUUCAAAAAGCAGAACAUCGAAAAGCUCGAGGAAAUUCUUUCGCGUACGAACAGUGCUCUGCAGACUAUAUUGCAGGUAUUUCAGCUUAACAAUGGCCAUGCAACGACCUCUACUCUCGACACCAUGCACCAAGCUGUGGCCGACCUCAGUACAGUAUCGGAAAGGAACAAAACAGCUUUGGAUGUAAUUCACAAGACACCGCAACUUCAUGAUGACAGGCUUGGUAAUAUCCAAAAAGACGUCAAAGAGCUUUUGGUCCUUAUACGAGACUCAGAGGACACAAAGCUGUUGCUGAAAACAAUGGCCCAGCAAGUGUCCGAUCUCACCUCUCGCACUAGUGUGGCCGCCAGUCUGCUGCAGAACCCAGCAGCUGAUCCAGUCAACCCCAGUAUACAAACGGCUAGUUACCAGGGUAGCGGUAGCUUGAUAUUUAAUGCUUUUUGUUCCUGCAAAACGCAGCGAGUACGUUAUAGUCAACGCCACUGGGGGCCUUUCCUUCUCGAAGCUGAAGUUAGAUCGAGAGACCAUCACGCGCCCGAAUGUGCACUGUCAAAGCUUCCUGCAUCAACCCGACGAACGAAGCGAGUCUUGAGCCUGUUGGUCCCCACCAGUGAAAGGUUGUGGGGACGUGCUAGUAGAGUCUCGCUGUCGUUCACAACAGGUGCAGGCAUACUGGGACUUGGCCAAACAGUGGCCUGGACUGCGACCGUGAAUAAGUGGUCCUCUCCUGUGUUUCGAUUAGUGGACACCAUCUCUUGCUAUGACUCAUUGCCGCGCGAGGACAUGCACUUGCUGUUGGCUUCAGGCUUUAGACGACUUAUCUGGUGCUAUGCCAACUCCCAUGCUUCUGUGACCGAUGUCACUGAAGAUGGUGACACAAUAGUCGGGUGGGCGCUACAAAGGUGCGGUAGAACCUACACGUCUAAUUCCAGCACGGCCGACAACAUGGCAGAUUUACUUCAGAUGCUUACUAUCAUUGCUGAGCCAUCGUCCUGCGCACGCAAGACCACAGAUAAAUGGUUUCGGGCGUGUACGAGGCCUGAUGAAGUUGCAACCAGUAUCCUAUCGAAAUACAAGGAACCGAUAGGCCAUCAUGAUUACGAUUGGGGUCUUUCAUGGCGGCGGGAUAAAGAUGAUGUGGGUGCUGGAUAUAGACUCUUCCAAGCUUUCCCGCAGGUUGCCGAAAUUCUGGAGUUUGGCCCCCUGAGUCAGGCUGUUCUCAAACAGGACCAAAAUGGAGUCCAACAGUUGUUGGAGAGAUAUCCAUCAUACAUCACCGAAAGUAAUUACUGCGGCCAGUCCCCAGUUCAUCUUGCUAUCGAAACGCAAAAUGUCGUUGUAAUACGUAUAGUGCUUCACUAUGCAGACGCCAAAGCUCUUCAAGCGAGAAACAACAUGGGCUAUUAUCCCAUCGACUAUGUGACAAACAGAAGAUGGAAUCGCACUGAUAAAGGGCCUCAGGCAGAUUGUGAAGGGUGUGAAGUACUCAAAAUGCUUCUUCGAUUAGAUACGGCACUUUUCCCAACCUCGUUACGUUUCGCCCUAAGACCGUCAUGGAGGAACAAGCACAGCUGUAUACACGGCGAAAGGAUUAUAAUCAAAGGUCUAGCAGAGAGACGAGAGAAGUUGAAAGAACUCUGUUAUCAAAAGAUUUAUCCAGCUGAAAGAGAAGGUCUAGAAAUUCAUCAGACAAGAAUUCUGGAUCAAAAUGCUGUACAGGUACAACACCAACUCGAAGCUCAAGGCUGUCCUGUACCAACAUACCUUAGAGUGUACGAGGAAGAUCCUGGAUUACUAUACGAUCAUGAAUCGAUUUACUCGCUUAUUUCUAAUCGGGAAGUCGCUGAAUAUGCCCACCAGCUAGGUUUCUAUUACUCGGCCAACGAGUUUGCAGACUUCAUUUGCCGCUUAGCUUCUCGUAUGAGCGAUGAUAUAGAAUACGAAACUCCAUGGUCCUUUUCUUCUUCAUAUCUCUCCUGGAUGAUUGAUCAGGGUAUGAGUUUAUCAUCUAGGAUUCCUGCAGAAAUACUACCCAGCCGUGAGAUAGAAGUGACAGGGGCUCACUAUUUUAUGGCUAGCUUCGGUGUAUCGGACUUCAGUGAACAGAUAUCGACCCUGGACUGCCCCUUAUCACUCUCAACUAUUGAAAUUUUGUUUUCAGAGACCCUUGUCGACAAAUGUCACUGCUGGUGCUCUCCGAAGGGGUGCACCCCUUUGGUCAAGCUCUUGGAGGGGAUACAUUGGCAGAGGCUCUUUGUCGAAUCAGAAGAUCCUUUUCUAACAACAAAACGUUUGAUUAACGCUUUAUUCUCAGGCCAUCUGGCCAAAACCAUUGAUGACAAAUGGAUCUAUCCGGCCAUUGUACGAUACUAUACGUUUGUUGAGCUGGAUCUGCGUCACGUUUGCUGCUCCAUCGUCGAGACGACUUCAGGUCCUUUACCAGAAGAGGAACUCCAGGAAAUUGGAGAGGAAGAUCUUUCCCUACUUAAACUGUUUGAAAGUCUCCUUGCAGAGUUCGAAGGCGGCCGUCGCUACGACAUGAAUUUGGAGGAGUUCUUCGACUGGUUGUGGGAGGACUGGGCUCCAAGAAUACGGGAUAUUAGGGAGAAGCUUGCUUCUCAAAGGCUUACAGAUGAGCAACUGCGAGAUGCCGAGUCGGUUGGGGUGGUUUGGGAAGCCUACGGGCCCCAACCUAUGGAAGAAAGCUCUGAGCGUUAUGACGUGAGAAAACACGAUUUAUGGGAUGCUAUGGAUCGAUUGGAUAAAAUUGCUACAGAUCCAGAGAGGCCUACGCAGAAAAGUUCACAAUCCCAUACUUGA